AUGGGCAGUAAGCAUGCUGUAGAUUUAGGACUCCAUACAUGCACCUACAAGAGGUGGCAGCUCAGUGGCAUACCAUGUGUGCAUGCUAUAUGUGCAAUCAAGUUCAAGAAGCAGAAGGCAACCUUGUACUAUGAUGACUACCUCAUGCCUUCAUCUUAUUUGGAGUCCUACAACCCAAUCAUAUAUCCAAUUGCAAGGGAGGAUGAUUGGGAGCCAGUUGACUAUCCCAUUGCACCUCCACCUUUUAAGGUGCAGCCUGGUAGGCCUAAGAUGAAGAGGCAUAAGGAACCAGGAGAGAAGGAAAAGGCCCCACCACCACCUGCUCCUAAAGAGGGUAAACUGCCUAAAACUGGGAUCAAGAUGUCUUGCAAGAUAUGUGGCCAGCAAGGACACAACAAAUUGGAUUGUCCUGUAACAAAGGCAAAAAAGGCAGCUGCAACUGUGAGUUCAUGA